CUUCCAGUCAUUCAUUCCAAACAUAGAAAGGAUUGUAACGUUUCGAGCCAACAAAGCGAAGGGGUAAUGGCUGCGCUUUACCACUUAGUGCUCGCUAUUGCUUUCUUUUCAGCAAUCCAAUCAGGUUUUGUUUAUCGACCAUGCUCUGCGAAUAGAAAAGAUUUCGAUUGCAAGAUGCGGCAGCUAGCCAUCGACUAUGCCAGGAUAUUGCAACCCGAUCGCUCCAAGUUGCACUUCCAGCAAAUAGCCGAUGCUCUGAACGGUGCUCAAGAGGCACAGGAUUGCAACGUUAGUGUUGAGCACAUUCCCGACGAUCAUCCCGAUAGACCGAAGUUCCCCGUCUUCGAGCUACCCAAGGCAGGAAAGAUGCUGUAUGUGGAUGCGAGCAAAGGCAAAGACACCAAUGCUGGAACGGAGUCACUGCCCCUGCAAACAAUUGGACAUGCUGUAGAAGUUGCACGUGGUUCAGGCGGUGCUACUAUCAUCUUGCGUGCGGGGACCUUCUACUUAGCAGAGGCAAUCGUAUUGGGAGCCGCGGACAGUAGCCUUGUGUUUCAAAACUAUAAUGGAGAAGAGGUUUGGGUGAGUGGAGCUAUGCCAGUCAAUCCCAAGUGGAGUGCAUUCAAUACGUCUGGUGCUAAUGUUUAUGUUGCCGACUUAUCAGCCCUGAAAUUGGACGAAGUUCUCGGCAUGCAUGUGAACGGAAUGCGCGCAAUUCGUGCUCGCUAUCCUAAUGCCGACCCGGAGAUGGGUUUUGGAAGCAGCCUUCAAGCCAAUCACUGGCUACCGCCAGUGUCAACCGAGCCAGAAAAGGAAAUCCAUCCAGACAGACCAGUGCGAAACACAACACACAGCGCCUUCCAAAGAUAUCAGCUAGGAUUAGGUGGUGUGUGCGCAGGCUUCAGUCCCCCAGCGGGCUAUUGGUGCGGUAAUCACACCGAGGGUGGUGGUGCAGCAACUUACGUCAUACCUUCAGGAAUGGUUGCCAAUGCAUCAGUUCUACCUCAUAUGCCAUAUAGGGAUGGUAGCACAGCGAUCAUCCAAGCCUGGCGUCCUGGUCACUGGGCAAGCUGGAUGUUUGAUGUGUCAAAGUAUGAUGCGGAAAGCGGUACAUUCACUUUCGGGAAAGGUGGCUUCCAGGGUGCUAGAGGCAACGACAACGGAGAUGAAUUCUACAUUGAGAAUGUAAUGGAGGAGUUAGACAGCCCCAAUGAAUGGUUCUAUGAUGCCAAGACUGCAAAGAUGUAUUUCUGGUACAAUGGCACAGGUAUGCCUCCAGCCUCAACGGUGUAUGAAAUCCCUCAUAUCAAAGUACUUUUCAAUGCUACCGGCACUCAGAAAGCUGCAGUGAAAGGCAUUCAGUUCAAGGGUAUCAACUUCCGUGACACAGCGUACACGUAUCUUGAUCCUCAUGGCAUGCCAAGCGGAGGAGACUGGGGUCUACAGCGCACUGCAGCUCUGUUCUUCGAAGGCACCGAGCAGGUGGUGGUCGACUCUUGCCUGUUUUCUCGUCUUGACGGCAACGCACUGAUGCUGUCUGGCUACAAUCGUGAAGCAGUUAUUGAAAACAAUGAGUUUGUAUGGAUCGGUGAUUCAGCCAUUGCACAGUGGGGCUACACGAGUGGCACAGAGGUGUCUGGAUUUGGCUGGGAUGGCACUGACGGUAAUCAACCUCGUGGAACUCAGAUCAUUGGUAACUUUGUCCACGAGCUGGGCAUCUGGGAGAAGCAGUCAUCGUUCUAUUUCCAGGCCAAGUCAUGUCAAAACCUUCUUGAGCGCAACAUCUUCUUCAACGGCCCUCGAGCUGGCAUCAACUUCAAUGAUGGAUUUGGCGGUGGCUCGAACAUCAGUGAAAACUUGCUUAUGAACACGUGUAGGGAGUCAGGAGACCAUGGACCGUUCAACAGCUGGGACAGGCAGGUGUUUGUAACUAAAGUUGCUGAUGGAAAGACAGCGACUGACAUCAAGGCGUACGACAUGAUCCAGCGCAACUUCAUGAUUGCCAAUUACAACAGCCAGGAAGCUAUCGACAAUGACGACGGCUCAUGCUAUUACGAGACUCAUCACAACUUCUUUGCGUACUCUGGGAACGGGAUGAAGAACGACAUAGGAGGACAUGACAAUCAUCACCAUCACAAUAUCUAUGCAUAUGUUGACAUAGGAUUCUUGGUGAGUGAUCAGCUAGGAGGUCACAAUGACAUGUUCUACAACAAUACGGUUAUCCUAAACGGGGACACCACGUAUGGCUUUGGCCUGUGCUUUGGUCCUGGGAAAGUAGUUGUGCAUGAUAAUCAGAUCUUUAGUCCGACUGGCAAUGUGAGCGAGUGCUUGAUGCCAUUGAAGGAGUGGCAGAAACAAGGGAACGAUCCAGGAACGCAGGCUUUCCCAUAUCCGGCCAGUGAAGACAUGUUCAUCAAUGCUGUAAGGACUUUGUUGAGCAUUGACAUCUCUCUGUAAUCUCAUGCAGCAUGCAUGUACAUCAUAUAUGUAUGCACAUCAUAUAUGUAUGUACAUCAUAUAUGUAUGCACAUCAUAUAUGUAUGCACAUCAUAUAUGUAUGCACAUCAUAUAUGUAUGCACAUCAUAUAUGUAUGUGCCAUUGGUGAGUACACACUGUACUUGAAGUACAGGUACACAUAUACGGUAUUUUCCAGAGUGUAAGCCGCACUGGAGUUACGUAUAAGCAGCACCCACAUUGUGUUUGUCACGAAAUCAGACAUCGACACUGUAUUUCAUCAUGUGUAUUUGACCAUCAUAGUAUAAGCCGUACCGACUUUUUUUCCCUAUAGUAUACUACAGUAGGAAAUAGUGGCUGCAACUUCAGCGAUGAUUUGUUAGGAAAGGGUUGCUCCCCACACUGGAGCUCGCGCUAUUCCGCCGACUUGACUUGCCUGGCUCACGACUGGCAUCCAGAGCACACGAGAAGUCCAUCGAACCUUCGACUCUGCAAACCUGCAAGAAAGCACCACUCCCUGCUCAAUACACAGUGUUUCGGGGAAUUCGCCCCUCAUCAGUUGAGCUUGAGUAGGCUGAGGAAGAUUGUGCCUGAAGAGCACCACUUGUAUAGUGCUGUCCAGGCACAAACAUCACCAGGGAUACUAACCUACAGAGACGCUCCGUUUCCAGCGCGACAAUCACCUCGUGAACAGCAGAUAGCAGCAUGAGUCAGUGUCGCUCCUGGACGGUGAGAGCAUAUGUCGAGGACUCUUGCAGGUUUGCCGAGUCGACGGUUCGAUGGACUUCUCCUGUGUGGAUGCCAGUCGUGAGUCAGUCAAGUCAAGUCGGCGGAAUAGCGCGAGCUCCAGUGUGGAGAGCAACCCUUUCCUAUAGUAUACUUUACUCAUGUGUAUUGAAAUUUGAUCUCGUGAAUAUGUCUUGUGCCCAGCACCAGUGCCUAGCGCAGAGUUCACUGGACUGGCUGCACAAUGUCCGGUGCUAGCUGACUCGUACGAUCAUAAUAAUGCAUUAGCGAUCAGCUCUGCAGCAGCCGGGUCCUGCUCAGCUUUUGAAUGCUAACCAUUAAAAUGCAUUGUAGUCUUCUUCACUCAACUUAUAGUUUCCUACAACUGUCAAUAAUGCAAUCACCUCUAUUAUUUUUGAAGUGUCAAACGCGUUGGCACAGAGUUCAAGUAUGUAGGCAGUUGGGCUUCCUUCUCUUUAUUUUGAGUUUGACAGGGAACAGUGAAGGGCUUUCUCCAGUCAUAGCA